CAGGAACUACUAAAACAGCACGUACUGAUUGCUAGUGACAUCCAGCGAUGUAAAUAGUAAUGACAAUCACAGUACCAUGUGAAAAUGAGUUAAAUGUCAAAAUAUACUAAAAUAAAAUAAAUAAAAAAAACUAUUCUUCUCUACAGAUAUAUUAUUAAACAUGGCAAGUGAAGUAAUAGCAGCGCUUGAAUUAGACAAAUCAGAUAUAAAUAACAAAUUAUUAAUAAUAACCGAAAGAAAUGACGCAAAUAGCAGCUUUAUUUUAAGUUGCGUUAUGUCUGAAAGAUAUAAUAAGGACUCAGCUUUUUUAAUUGUUACAUUGGCGAAUACUUUUCGUCAUUAUCAUAACGUUGGUAUGAAAUUAGGUUAUAACUUGGACAAACUAUCAAAAAUCAAAAAGCUUGAUACUAUUGAAAUAUUACAACAUUUAUCUGAGUCUAUAUGUAACUCGUCAAAUUUGGAAGAUCAUAUAAAUUUCUUGGACGUUAAUAAAACGGAUAUAAUAAAGAAUUUAACGAAUUUAAUUCGAUUUAAAUUAAAUGAAUUAUUUAGAACUAAUACAAAUGUUUGUUUAAUCAUCGAUGAUAUUAGUUAUUUAUUGGAUUUAAAUAUUCCAGUAAGAGAUAUUUAUAUAUUUAAACAAAAUCUAAAAAAUAUGUUAAACGUAAUGGAAAAUUUAUCGAUUGUAUUAAGUGUGGCCGUAAAAAGUCAGGAAGAUUUAAUAAUAGCGAAUAGUUUUCGACAUAUUGGUGAUAGUGUAAUUGAACUAUCCGGAUUAAAAACUGGUAAAAGUGAUUUAGUGACUGGUGUUAUGCAUAUUCGACGAUUAAAUGAAGAUCUGAAAUCGUGGGGUGCACAGAAUAUUUAUCAUUAUAAAUUAUUGGAUAGACAAAUUCGAAUAUUCGCGCCAGGAACUGCCAAUACUAUUGUUUAAAGUCUAUUGUAAAAUUAUUUGUAUAAUAAAUCGUAUUUUCAAUUUUU